GUAAGCAGAACGAGAAAUACUCCCAAUAUAAGCACAAAUUUGAAGGAAGCCCUAUGGGAAAAGAUUCCCGUUCACUACGACCUAUUACGGAAUUUUCGCGAACGGUACGGGUCCACCGUAGUCAGUCACGUCACCGUGGAAAACAUAUACCAGGGAUUGAAUGGCGUGAACACUAUGGUUAGAGAAACAUCAGAAACUGAUCCAAAACAUGGUAUCAAGUAUAGGGGAUUGACGCUACCGGAAGUUCUUACUCUUUUACCGCGUCAAGGGAAGUCGCCCAGCGCGGAAGCUGUAUUUUGGUUGUUAGUUACCAGCGACGUUCCAACACAGGAACAAAUCGUCUCGUUAAUCGUUGACUGGUCGGUACGACGUCAAAGAAGGAAAUAUUGGUGGUCCGCGUCAGGUGGUGGAAUUGUUGGUUCCGUUCUUCAAACUCUUCCGAAAACAACUACACCUCUGGGAAAAUUAUCAGUGGCCCUCGCGAUCUUCGACUCCACCAAACAUCUGAAAGAGGCAUUGAAAAAUCGAGCUUCGAGUCAUACAUACUGGCAAGUGAGUGGAGGAACCACGAGUAUAUUAAAAUGCUGUCAUGAACCAAUAUAUUUAAAAUUCCUCUAG